GUCAAUAUUGCUGUGCUUCACAACCAGUUUGAUGUUGCGCGAUAUUUUGCGCAGAGUUUAACAAGCAGUACUUUACUAAGAAAAUCGACAAAAUCAGCGACGAACAUCAACAAUGAAAGAUUUUGACUUAAACAUGGAAUUUAACAUAUUAACAGAUAUCACGACUCGUAAAUCUGGAGGACGGCUCGACAGCGAUCUCUCGGGUUUUCUAGACAACCUUAUCGAGACAAACAAACUCAAAAGAAAUGACACUGCUGAAUUUCUGAAGAGGUCAUGCUAUGUCAGUCUGAAGCAGAUAGCACCAAACCCACACAGCGGAUUUAACCACGGUGCCAUUGUCCACCCUUCUCCGGCCACAAGAGAUGACCUGAUGACCCCAGCAUGGUCAAGAUAUCUUCCAGAUAUACCAAAACAAAAGUCUCCCCACGGCUGGGUCAGCUGCCCGCCCCACGAGGAGGAUGUCGAGUUGAGGGAGAAAAGUGCCACCCGGAACAAAGUAUGGUACAACCUCUUCUACAAGAAGGAUUACUCCAAGACCGAAAACGAAUCAUCCUGUUUCAAUGUUAUGAAGAACCACAGAUCGACGAAAUCUCUACACGACGUCUUACUCACACGCAAACCAAGUGAUGACGUCAUUGCCCCGCAAGCCUCCAGGAGCUGCAGCGGGUGAUUUGUACAACGAAGAUACCACGGAUAUAAAUGUGAUCAAUGAAACGCUGUUUUAAGAAAUACAUUCAUCAUUUGACCUUAGAGUGAAUUAAGUAUAAACUUAUUGACAAAAUGCCUGUCUCUUUGAUUAAUGUGAAAGCAAGUCGAUUUUACAUGUAGAUUCAGUUUUGGUUUUUCAAAGUUUUUCAAUUUAGA